GUAAGAGGAGGAAGUAAUAUUUGGAAAUCCCGUGUCUCAAUUUCUAGAUAGUUUAUCAAUGAAAUAAACAAUGCUAAAUCGAAACAGUAACGUAAACAACUAGCACAGAGACGAAUAGAUACCAGUUUUUUUGAUUCUUUUCAUGUAGACCAAAGACCGAUCCUUACACAAUGUCUGUUGAAGGUGUAAGGGUGGUCAGAGGGCCGGACUGGAGUUACGGUGACGAUGAUGGAGGAGAAGGUCACGUGGGCACCGUUACCCAGGACAACGAAGAUGAUACUGUUGAAGUUCAGUGGGAUAUGGGCAACUGUGGAACAUAUAACACCGGAAGUGAAAACAAAUGCGACCUUAGAAUUCUAGACAGCGCUCCAGCAGGUUUGAAGCACAAUGACACAAAGUGUGAUGAGUGUAGCAUAUCCGGGUUCCCAGGUACCCGCUGGAAGUGUCAGAGUUGUCCAGACUUUGAUCUCUGCUCCCCGUGUUAUUUCGGUGAUAAACACAAUAUUCAGCAUCCUUUUCUGCGAAUUGAUGCCCCCGGUCUGAAAGGGGAACCAGUGUCGAAACGUUCAAUCAGUACCAAAAUGCGAGCACUCGGCAUGUUCAAAGGUUCCACUGUUAGGCGCGGAGUAGACUGGAAUUAUGGGAACCAAGAUGGUGGUGAUGGGAAGACGGGAAGUAUUAUAGAAACGAACAACUACGGUUCUAGCGGACCUGAACGGGAUUCUGUUAAAGUCAAGUGGCCAAACAAGGAAAGUAACUCUUACAGAGUUGGUUAUAGAGGAAAGGUUGAUUUGGUCUGUGUAGAACAAACUCCUGGAAUGGACUUCUACAAGGACCAUUUAUUUGCAUUGAAUACCAAACCUAUGGCAAAAAGAACAUCUAUGAUCCUGUCAAAAAGACAAAGUGUAGUAAGAAGUAAAUCAGUCGAAGUACCAAAACUGCAAAUCGGAGACAAUGUGUGUGUAGAUCUUCCAGAAGUAGCUUUAAAGGAGGUACAAAGAGGUCACGGUGGUUGGAGCAUGCGCAUGAAAGAGUAUAUAGGACAGCAUGGAACAUUGAAACGAUUUGAAGACAACGGUGAUUGCGUAAUAAGCUACGAUGGAAAAGAAUGGAGGUUCAAUGCCAAUGCAGUCAGACAGAUACCUUCUCUCAGCGUUGGCGAUAUUGUUAGGAUAAUUGAUGACAGUGAUAAAGUACAGGCCCUGCAGAAACGACACGGUGGUUGGCAAACAGAGAUGGAAUCUGCUCUAGGAAAGGUAGGAAAAGUUGUGAAGAUCGAUUCAGAUGGUGAUGUUGCUGUAUCAUUUGGGAGCAAGGCAUGGGUGUUUAAUGCAGCAUGUCUCAUCCCAGCCCCCGGGGAGAAAGUAUCAGACAUAGGCGGAGGAUCAGGGGGUGGGGAGAGAGGAAGGUUGGGGUCAGGUGCCGGUGCAGGAACUGGUAGAAGUAAUGGUGGUGGAGGUGGGGGUGGUGGAGGAGAAGCUCGAGGAGGGGCUACAGGAGGGUCAACUGGAGGAGGCGGACGAAGUGAUUCUGAUAGAGAUGUAGAUGAAGCUUCGGAAGCUCUGGGUCAUCUUAUUGCUCAACUGUUCUUAUUGCGGGGUCUCCAAGGAACCGUCAGUCCUCAACUGUUAAUUUCUGCUGCCGCUAAAAAUGACGUGUCAAUGGUACAAAGAGUGUUGAAAGACAGUCCUGCGCUGAUUGACAAAACGCACCAAGGACUUACAGCAUUGAUCAUAUCGAGUCACGAGGGUCACAAAGAUGUUGUUAACGUGUUACUUAAAGCAGGCGCAAACAAGGAUUUAACAGAGAGUAAAGGAAAUACCGCUCUAAUGGCAGCGUUAAUGAAAAAACGAGAGGAAAUAGCGAUGAUAUUGAUUGAUGCUGGAGCAAAUGUACAUCUUGUAAAUAGUGCUGCAAGAAGUGCUCUACAUUUUGCAGCAUCAAACGGGUGUAACACAACUUUACGGGCAUUGCUGGGAAAGGGAGUCGACGUUAACAAACAGGAUAUUGCUGGGGACACACCAAUACACGACGCUAUUCUUAACAAGAAUGAUUCAGCAGUGUCUUUCCUGGUUGCCGACCCAAAAAUAAACUUAAGGAUUUGCAAUAAGAAAGGUCAUUCCCCGCUACACCUUGCAGCUAUGAAGGAUGACGAAAUAUCGGUGUCUCGUAUCUUAGCUAAAGCUCCCGAGUUGAAGAAUGCGAGGAAAAGUGAAGGUUAUACGCCACUUCAUGUUGCGGCAAUUAAUGACAAUAAAGACGUUAUAAAAACACUGCUCAAGGCACAUGCUGUAGUAGACUCGACGGAUGGUAACAAUAUAACACCGUUACAUUUGGCUGCACAUCAAGGAUAUAUAGCAGCAACUCAACUUCUUGUUGAAGCUGGAGCUGAUGUUAACUUUCAAGACAAAGAGGGGGACACACCACUUCACGUGUGUUGUAUGGGGAAUAGAAGUGGACGGGAGUCUGAAAUGCUAGCUCGAUUACUGCUUGGCAUAUCUAGUGAUGGUGAGAAAAAGGAAAGGGUCAACGUUGCUUGUUUCCUCAUACAGAAAGGAGCUAAUUGGGGUAUUCGGAAUGGGAAAGGUCGUACAGCACUGGAAUGUUGCUCGGAUGGCCGGAUGCGAAAUGUCAUCAAACAGUUUGCCGAUAAACAUGGAAAACCUUCAAGUAGUGGGGCAUCUCAGCAGCAAAGAACUGGUGCAUCACUUUUGCAAGAGCUAUUUUCAGACUUGCCAUUACCAUGUAUGGGAUGCAUGCAGAAAAUUGCAGAUACCAAGUUUGUUCCCUGUGGACACAAAGUGUGUUGUGCGCGAUGUUCUUUUAGAGUGAGGGAAUGUCCAAUGUGUGAUAGAACGAUCUUGGAAAGAUAUGACUUGGAGGGACGCCGCCUUGUUUUGCAAGAUCCAUGUAAAGUGCAGUAAUCUACAACUUGGGUCUAUGGAAUGAAAACGAAAUGUAGAUGAUUUUCAAAAAUAGUUUUUGACUAUAUCUACUUAUUAAGUUAUUAAUGUAUUUGACUACAAUAAUCUUUACAAUCAUGUUAUAAGUGUGUCCUUUUAUGUAAAUGUGAAUCCUGUAUAAAAUAAAAAUGUAUUGUUUUAUUAAGACACACAACGUUUCGAGUCGAAAGUAUCAUCAGCUUUAUGUGAGGAAACGUUUUUUUUUUAGUAAUGGAUGAUGAACAGUACAUACUGUAAUUACAUGUACUAUCAAACUAGCGUUUUGUGUUUAACGCACAAAACUGUGACAUUAUUAACGCGAGUUAAAUUUAAAAAAAAAAUAGUAACACUUUAUUGUCCAGUUAUCAAUAUGUAAUCACAUUUUGUAAUCCUGAUAAAAAUCAUUAUUUCGUCUUUUGAUAAGGAUCGUGCAAUUGUCCGUGAUAAUAAGAUGAUUGAAUAAAAAGGGUUAUAAUACUGUGUUUUCACCAGACAGUUUGUUUGCCAACAAACGUUCAUGAGAACGAGAAAUUUAUUUGAAUUACAGUUCGUGUUGAGUGAUGUUGUUACAUUGUAUCAUGAAUAAUUACAAAUGCAAAAUAUGCAAAACGAAUACGUGAAACACGGAACAGAAAACCAAUAAAGUUGCAAUUGUGUGGUGGCGAAAACAUAGUGUUUUACAGUACAUUAUCAAUAAAAAGACAACACUUUAACGGUGUUGAAUGAUGUCAUUCAUGUGUAAAACGGUUGUACUUUGAUUUCUGUGAUAUCUUGCUUGAUUAGUGCCUUGUUUAUCAUUAAAUAAUAAUAAUUAAUGUAAUGUCAAUGUUGAAUAGAUCAGAUAAAACUAGAUAUUCAACGUCGUUUAAUAUAUAGCAAGUCGUAUUAACAAUGGUGAAAGCAUUUUGUUGCUCUGUUAGUCUGACGUCACAGUUAUUCUUUAUUUUAUAUUAUAUAUUGAUUUAUAUAGAUAUCUUUGUCGCUUUAGCAAUGAAUUAUAAACAGAUUUGUGGCAUUUUAACCCAUUCAUUAAGCUAUUUUAUUGAUAUGCUUUUCCUUUUACAUAUUAUCUUUUUUUCUUAAAGUUGUUCUAUUAAAUACUAAAUUAAAUCAUAUUUAGAUAUCAUACUUGUCCAGCAAAUUGAUUAUGUAACCUCGAUUAUCACAUUUCUUUCUGAUAUUUGUUCAUAGUAUUGCACUGUUGACACAUUGGUAUAUUUUUCAAAUGCAAUCUACACAUACAAGAAAAAGCUAUGACCGAUAUUUAACUAAUACAGUGUAUAAUAGAGUUCAAAUAAUUUAUGCUAAGAAAUGAAUGAACUGAUUAACAUUUGAGGAAGUUUGUAUUUAGUGAUAUUUUUUACAAGCGAUUUUAUAAAUCGUUUUUUUCUUUUUACAUGAUGUUACAGGAUAUUAAGUUUGCUUUAUUUUUCACAGAUUAUAGAAUGUACAAUUUUGCUUACUCUACUUCUCGUCACUUUUGUGUUUAUUAAGCUGGAUUGUAUAGUACGUAUAUCUCAUUUUGUCGUUUUAUUCAAAUGACUCUCAUUUGUUUUAUCCUGGAAUGUCGUAUUUUUGUCUAUCAAAUAGUUUAUCUUGGUUGUCUUUGACACAUUUUUGACGGCAGUGUCUUCGUCACAUUUUUGACGGCAUUAAAACUUCCGAAUCAUAACCAGCUAUAUGAUAAGUACAUUGAUUUUUACUUCUUUAGACUGAGGAAACAUGAGCUUUUUAACAUUUAAAUAAUGAUUUAAGAGGAUUUUAAAUGCUGGUUACAUGAAAAGGAUCACUUAAUGUGAAAUAAUGUGUAACCAAAGUAGCAAAAUGUAAACAAAGUAAUAUUUUGGCUUCCAUACAAAAUACUAAAUCACUAAUUGUACUUAUUGCCAGCGACAAAAGAAAAGAUGGUUAAGGAAAUUGGGCAAUUGUUAAAAAAUUUUGAAACUACAAAAGUACUUAAAAAAAGACAGCUUUUGAGAAAUGAAAAUUAAAGCUUCUUUUCGGCAUAUUAUGGGUCUUUAACAUUGAAUUUUACAAUAGUAAAGGCUAAAUUAUUUGCUAUUUUUGAGGCAAAUAUGUGAGCAUUUUUUCCACAAUGUUAUACCCAACUCAUAUGAUGUAUUAUGAACGAAUAAGCAACAAAUACUUUAUUUUAAUCAGUUAAGGAAAUUCAAUGCUUAAUUAAAAUUAAUCGCACGUUUAUUAACACGUGAUACAUGUCUCUACUUCGUCAUCUGAUCCAUGACAAUAAAGACCGCCAUAAUCCGGUGAUGGUGAUGUGCAAGUGCGCAUGCGUUUCUUGUAACCCUGACAACCACUUGAUUUCAUACAAGUAGACCAUUGAGACCAAAGAGAAAAACCUCCAUCCACCGCUGAAAAUGUAAUAAAACGAUCUCAUGUAUUUGUCAUUUAAAAUGCAUGAAGUGAUCAAGAUUUAAGUAUUGAAGUAAUAAAUUUCAAAUCUUAUCAUAUACUUACGACAAUGAAGACUGUUACACGAACGCUGCCCCCUUACGUCUCCGUGGCAGUUAUGACCUCCAUGUGCUGGCCUUGGGAAGUCACAUGCCCGCGUCCGUUCCUGUUGACCACCUUUACAAGUACAAUUGAUACAAACACUUCAGUACAGUAAGCAUUAAAGAAAGCAUCACAUACAGAUUCUGAUCCAUAUAUUUCAAGCUCAUUGAAACACGAAAUGUAAUAAAAAUAUAUUUCUGUUAUUUUCAUAGCUUCUGCUGCUGUGUUAUAUUUGUUUUAUGCUCUGAAUAUUUUUUAGUAGAUGGGAAUGUACUUUUUCAACUUAGCAAUUGAACAAUGCCCAAGAAACAUGUAAAGAAACAUGAAUUGUUUCUAUGGCUAAAUCUGUUAGAAGUCAAAAGAACACGUCGCUGUCAUACCGCCACAUGUUUUUGAGCACGAGCUCCACUGUGUCCAUAAACCCCAGUCACCGUCUACCGGAAUACGAUUGAUGAAAGGUUUUGUUGGUCCUGCACCCCAUGUCUGAAGUACAUUUUAUUUUAAAUAAGUAAUAUCUUUAUAUUCUACUCAACAAGUCUGAAGUUUGUUUUACAGCAAACUUUAUGUUUUGAUGAAAUGAUUAUAACAGGAAAGGUUAACGAGUCAAUAAAAUGAUAAAAAUGUG